CACACCAGCGCGUUUAGUGUAAAUGCCAACCAAGCCUUGUUGUUGACAAGGGUCACAAAUGUGUUUUUUUGUGCGUAUGGGCAAUGUUUUGUAAAGAGUUUACGAAUAUCAUCACAAAAGUUAGUUUUUUGUUUCGCUUCAUCGUUUUAAACAAGGUCACUUUUUUGUCGUAACACAUUCAAUAGUUCGAAACUUCCUCUUAAGCUGCCGCUGAACACACAAAAGUCGGGGCCUCCAAUUCCAAUUGAUCCCGUAAGCCAAGGUUCCGACCAUUUGGCGGAACCCGUAUCCGUCGGGUUACAGAUGUGAGUAUGUGGAGUAUGGGUUGAAAGAGUUUUGAACAGUCCUGUGACAGACAUGUGUCUUCGUUGACUGGAAACUGGCAAGAAACCAAUUACAAAACUCCUUCAGUGCGUACGUCAUCUUUCUAGGCACUCUGCCUCCUUACUUUUCAUCAGCUACACAAUAUGGGGGGCUGCUCCAGCUCACCAGAGGACAUUGAAGCACGAAACCGAAGCGUGGCGAUUGACCGUCAAUUGAAAACUGAAGCUCGGGAAACGGAACGAUUCAUAAAACUCCUCCUGCUGGGUGCCGGUGAAUCCGGCAAGUCCACGAUUCUCAAGCAAUUCAAACUUAUUCAUGGUGUCCCAUUCUCCGAUGCGGAGCGGAUGUCGUAUCGUCCCGCCAUCCUGGGGAAUCUCAUGUCCUGUGCCAGAACGCUGAUUGAAGCCAUGGCAAGGCUGGAGGGUUUACAGUACGGGGAUGUUGCGACGCAGUUGAAGGCCUCGUCAAUAAUGACAGCACCGUCUUCAUAUGGUGAAGGAGAACAAGUUCCACCUGCGGUGAUAGAUGCGAUACAGGCGCUAUGGAAAGACUCUGGCAUUCAAGAAUGUUACAGACGAUCGAAUGAAUACCAACUCAUUGACUCUUGUCAAUACUACAUGGACGAAGUAGGCCGUAUCUGCGCUGCAAACUACGUACCAAAUGACCAAGAUAUCCUGCGAGCACGAGUCAUGACCACCACCAUCACCGAAAACAAAUUCUUGAUUCAGGGAAUGGUUUUCCGUAUCUUUGACGUUGGAGGACAACGGAGUGAACGAAAGAAAUGGGCACCCUAUUUUGAUGAUGUCAAUAGCAUAAUCUUCCUCGCUGCCAUUAGUGCCUAUGAUCAAAAGUGUUUCGAGGACAAUUCGACAAAUCGAAUGCUCGAAUCUCUCAAUUUGUUCGACUCUAUAUGCAACCAUCCCCUCUUCCGCAAAACAUCCAUCAUCCUCUUCCUGAACAAGGUCGAUCUGUUUCGAGAAAAGAUAAAAACCGUCCCAGUCAAAAAGUAUUUCCCGCAAUAUGACGGACCAAAUACCUUUGAGGCCGCCUCAGAAUUCUUUGCCCAUCGUUUUGUAGCUCUCAACAAAAUGCCCGAAAGAAAAAUCUAUAUACACUAUACGUGGGCAACAGACACCAAUCAGAUCAAAACAGUCUUUGCGACAGUGAAUGCCAUCAUACUAAGGGAGAAUCUUCAUGCGUCUGGCUUGUAAGAGCCGUAGAAAAGAAAGUCAUGUUGUAGUAUGGAUACAAAUCUUUAGAGCUUUACAAUCCAUUGUAAAGAUCCGGCAGGAAAUAUUAUUGUUUUUGGACAUGUGCUCAUUUA